AUGUUGCCUGUAGUUUUUCGCACCGUAGGCUUUGCUUUGGGUUCAGUUUUGAAUAAAGUACUUAACGUUGAUAAGCGAAACGCGGCUGAUAAGAAUUGGCGAGAUGCAAUUGUCAAAAGUCUAAAUAAUAACGGGGCCAAAAUCGAUAGACUCUCGCAGAAAGAUUUACGCGCAAGUUACCGCUUUCUUAAUGAAGGUGUAGAUUUAUUAUUAAUGACUAUCGCUCCAGAUGAAGCAAAAGGCGAACAGACAAGUAAAGUCGAGGCAAACGGGCUACAAAAUAUCGAAAGUUCAACAACGACAACCGCAACAUUAGCAACAUCGACAAUAGCAACCACAAGAAACGAAAGCAAGUCUGGAAUUCUAAACGAAGUUAUCGCACUCACACACGCAUUUCGGGAGCUUGAAAACACAUCAAAUGAUCGACUUGUUUUAGCAAAAGAACGCUUCACAAAAGCACUCGAAUAUGCUACUUUAGCGUUCUCUGACGAAGCCUUGAAAUUACCCGAUAGAAUCAUGGCGGCAAAAUUACGCGUUGUGUCCAAGAUUUUAGAAUGUCUUCAGGACACAAAAGCAGCCGCGUCUGGUUGCAUGUUGUUCUUGAAAGAGCUUAAUCAUCUGCCAGGCAUUGGAGAAACAUUUUCCACAUAUUUCGGAUUCACAUGGAAAUCGAUUUUCUUAAAAACUGCACAAUUAGAGAACGUUAAAUGGGUACUCUGUUUGAACUUUGUUGUAUCAGAAUUUGUUGCUACGUUUUCUGAUGAGUUACCGAACGUCCAAAACUGGCCCAGAAUAUAUCUGUCAACCGGAGGCCACACGAUGCACCCACUGCUUCUUAACAUUGAAGUCGUGGAGAAUAUUUUUCCCAAUGUGGAAUUUCAACUGCCAGAAAAUCAUGUCACUUCAGCGAAAAAAGAUUUGCAGCUUUGCCGUAUCAAUAGCAAAGGAGAACUUGUAGCUUUAUCUAAGUGUGAGGAUCAUCAUGGAUUUAUUUUAAAAAGAUCAGGAGAACUGAAAACGUUUUGUGACCUGACAAAUCAACCCCUGAAAAUAGACGCGUUGGCCGUCGAUAAUUAUGAUAACAUUUAUGUUCUAGCACAUUUUCCUUUCCGUCCAUUUCCGUUAAAAGGUGACACUACGAACGUGAAAACAUAUGUUCUGCUCGUUUUCGAUUCAAGUGGCACUAAGAAAUGCGAAAAGGUGCUAGACUUCAUUCAAGACGAGUCUGAUUAUACAACUGUUAACUGUGUGGUGAACAAAGACGGUGAUGUUCUAAUCCAUUUCUGCUGGAAAGAUUAUCUUUAUGUCUGUGACAGCAAUGGCAAUAAAAAAUCUCGCUUAUCACUUGAACACCACUCUACCUCUCAGUUCGAGCGGGACAACUUAACUUCCUUUGAAUGUGUUACCGACCACAAUGAAAUAAUUAUGGUUAGCAGAAAAACCUCUACUAACAACAGUGUGUUCGUUUACACGAGAGAAGGGGAGUUAAAGCGAACGAUAAAUCUAAAGUAUUGGGUGAACGCAGUUACAUAUAACUAUGCUACAUCAAAAAUAGAAAUUCUGGUAAUCCAGGAACCGCUUUUUGGAACAAUGACAUCGUACUGCAUUCGCAGUUACUCAGAGACUGGUGACGUUGAAUGUUUGCAUUUACCAGAAACAAGAUCAAUAUGGGAUUCAACGAUUGUCUCGCAUCCUGCCGGUCCUGCAGCGUUUGUAUAUGAUGUCGACGAUGGGUUAGGUUUAAGAGUAAUUUUUAUGUAG